AUGGAAGGAAGCAGCUUGUGCGGCAAAUCGAGGCAAGAAGGCGUUAGCGACAACCAGACGAGCGACAACCGAAGCACGAAACAAUACAAAUUCAAGGCGGGCUCGUUGUGGAACAAUUACUCGGACGAGCACAGCAACAGUUUGGGAAGUUGGAAGGAAGGCGACGCUGUGGCCGCCGGGUUCUCGUGGCCCCCAAGAAGCUACACGUGCAGCUUCUGCAAGAGGGAGUUUAGAUCCGCUCAGGCGCUCGGUGGCCACAUGAACGUCCACAGGCGGGAUAGGGCCAGGCUCCGGUUAUCCCCGGCCACAUUGUUAGAUAACGGUAGAAGUAACGGUAACGGUAAUAGAGUUAUUAUUGGCACGGGUUACAAAAGUUGUGUCUCGAGUGGGAGUGGUCAAUUUUCUUUGGUUAACCUAAAUCUUGAUCGUCCUAACCCUAGCUUAAACUCAAACCCUAGUUUUGGUACCCCGCCCGAUUUGCGGCCAUCACUUUUCACACAGUUUACUUCCACGCGGGGGACCCCAAUUUGUCCCUUAACGGCGAAUGUUGUGGCCGGAAUGAAGAGAGUCGAUGAAGAUCCGGAGGUACUUAAGAAAGGUGAGAAAUUUGUUAGGUUGGACUUGGAAGUUGGUGUGGUUAGCCAAGCUGAGAAGGAGGAUUUGGAUUUAGAGCUUCGGCUCGGAUAUAUUUAG